GAUAUCAAGUUCCGGAUACCGAUUGUUGCCUGCGUUUAAUAUUGGUUUUGGUUACACUGACGGGUGUCGCUUCCUGUUGAGAUUGCUUUUCUCCCUUUUCUUCUUCCUCUACUUCUUCUUUCUUUCGUCAUGUUCAUUUCAUCUGUCAAGCAGUUGUAAAACUCUAUUGGGCCCGGCAAGGCGGACCCGGCAAGUUGGACCGGAAAGUUGAGAAUUGGCCGAUCGUUCCACCAUUCCCACAUCGGCUUUUCAGUAUCGUGCGACUUGUAAUUCACCGCCGCUCCCGGACUCUCUUCUCACCACAUAGCACAAGCUGGCUAUUUCAGACUCUUGAAGGCAUGGCACUCUUGGAGGGACCGGUCCUGUACGCGCUCGGCCUCAUUGGCGUUAUUAUCAGUUACCGCUUUCUAAUCUACACCCCAACUCUAACACGAAACGGAGCCCCCUUGAGAAAACCCCCCAACACUCUUCCGAUAGCUGGGAAUGGCCUUGUAUUCAUCCAGGCACGCCAGAAGCUUUUCGAGUAUUUCACCAAGUGUGAGCGUCAGUUUGGUUACGAGACCUUCCAGAUCUCUGUUCCCACACUGCCGCCGGGGGUCGUCAUCAACGAUCCCAAGAAUUUAGAGUUCGUAUACAAGCACGAAGGAACUUUCACCAAAGGGGAAUUCUUCAAGCGACUAUCAUGGGACUUAUUCGGUGGUGGCAUCAUCAACUCAGAUGGCGACCUGUGGAAAGUACAGAGGAAAGCCGGACUCGGUUUCCUGAACGUGCAAAACCUGCAAGUUUUAACCGAUGUCGCCUUGCCCAAGUACCUAGACCAAAGCCUUGACCUGCUCAAAAAGCGAGGCGACGAUGGCGAAUCCGUGGACUUGCAAAUGGUGUUUCAUGAGAUUACCAGCCAGCUCAUGGGGAAAAUGGCGUAUAACAUGGAGAUGCACGCUGACGAUGAGUUUACUUUGGCCUUCGAAUAUGCCUCCGGCGGGACCACGGCCAGGUUCCAAAAUCCUCUCUGGUUUAUCACUGAGAUGUUUACCGGCUAUAAAUUUCGAAAGUCGUUAGCAGUUGUCACGUCCUAUGGCAAGAAGAUUGUGCAGAGUGCAGUGAACGACCGGCACUCGGGCAAAGAGACCGGUGGCAGUAAGCUGGAUGAGAUUUCAGGCUCGUUGAUCCAGUCCCUGCUUGACUCUAUCGAUAACGAGAAGAUUGUCGCCGAUUCAGCCCUCAAUUAUCUGUCUGCUGGCAGGGACACUGUUGCGCAGGCUCUGACUUGGACAUUCAUGCUGCUCAUGGAAAAUCGAUUCGUUACUGGAAAACUGCGGAACGAGAUUCAGGAAAUCCUCAACGAAGACGGCAGCGAUAUAGAUGUCAAGGUAAAUGGUGGAAAUGUGGACCCUACAGUAUUCACUCCGACGACGUUACCAUACGCGAUGGCUGUGUUCUAUGAAGCGUUACGGUUGUUCCCUCCAAUCCCAUUCGAAAUCAGGCAAGCGGAGAAAGACGUCACACUACCCGACGGCACAUUCUUGCCAAAGAGUUCCAUCGUUUUGUGGUGCACAUGGGCCAUGAACAGGUCAAGGAUCAUGUGGGGAGAGGACGCUGAUUCCUUCCGUCCUGAUCGCUGGCUUGUCGACGGUAAAUUCGUGACUAAGAGCGCCUCAGAAUUUCCAGUAUUCAACGGCGGAGCCAGGACAUGUCUGGGCAAGAAGAUGGCAGAAGUAAUGGCAGUCCAGAUCAUCGCAUCAAUGAUGUUGACUUUCGACUUCAUGCCGGCAUAUGGAACAAAGCGUGUGAGCAAGAGCAGUCUCACCUUACCGAUGGAGGACGGGCUCCCGUGUUAUGUGCGAGCAAGGAAUCACAGACCAGAAUUAUAGAUCAGUUUGCUUUUUUGGCAAUUAGACAUUGAUAUCC